AUGGGCAACUCCAUCCAACUAACCCAAAACAUCGCACUACGGAGAAUGCUUGGUGCAUACCGCACCACCCCAAUCUACAUACUUCACAGAGAAGCAGGUGUCCUCCCUCUGCACAUUAAACUCGAAGAUCUGGCGAGAAGGGCGGCACACCGCCUCUCGGACCCCACAAGAACACACAGGGACAACCCCACCAAAGCUCAACUCCUAAGCGGAAGCGUAGCUGCUGAAGCCAACAGCAGACUAAACAGCAUCAACCGCAUCAUCAGCGUCAACCGACCUAGAAUCAGCCCAGCCCAGGCAUCCAAGCGCAGGGCCCUCAUCCAGUGGCAACAUGAACACGCCAUUGCAACUACCAAGGCAUCUAAUAGCCCCCACCAACCAUGGUACAAGGGAACUUACCCGAACAACAAAGUAGAAACUAACAACAACAAACUACAACUCAGAAGAGCCAUGGAAGGCCCCAGACACAUUCUGUCAGGAGCCAUCCAACUCAAGACAGGACAUGGUAGAUUCGCCAAGUACAUUGCAGAACGCACCAAGAACGAAGAAAACAUACAAAACAAGUGCCCGCUCUGUGAAGCGGAACCGGAAACCCCCAAACACAUACUCACAGCAUGCCCAUGCUAUGACUUCAUCCCAACUUCCCUUCGCAUCGGGAACCCCUUUCACCUUUUCACGAACGACCUUUAUGACAUAAUCUCACAAGUCGUCCAGACUGCAAAACUUGACACCCAAGACAGAUUUUAUUAA